AAAGAGCUCCAAGCUCGGAGACAGCGGCCGCUAGCGUAUUUACGUAGGUGAUUAAUAAGCAACAUUUUCGAACAUCGCGAUACCUUCAAUGUUGCAACGCGAAAUCGAAUUGCGCCAGCUGUUUUUUUCGAGAAAUUAAACUUUGCCAUCAUGGAUUAUGAACAGACUCGCGGACCGCCGAAGGUCAAGAAUAAGGCCGCCAGCGCCAUCCAAAUUUCUGCAGAACAACUUCUACGUGAAGCUGUUGACCGUCAAGAACCAGGACUUCAAGCACCAACUCAGCGGUUUGCUGAUCUCGAAGAGCUCCAUGAAUUCCAAGGCAGAAAACGGAAAGAGUUCGAGGACUAUGUGCGGAGGAAUAGGAUCAAUAUGAACAAUUGGAUGAGAUAUGCGCAAUGGGAAUUGGAACAGAAAGAAUUCAAACGAGCACGAUCCGUUUUCGAACGAGCAUUAGACGUCGACUCUACAUCCGUUACAUUAUGGAUUCGAUAUGUCGAGGCGGAGAUGAAGUCUCGGAAUAUCAAUCAUGCCAGGAAUUUGUUAGAUCGUGCGGUAACUAUUUUACCUAGAAUUGAUAAAUUAUGGUACAAAUAUGUUUAUAUGGAGGAAAUGCUUGGUAAUAUUCCGGGUACACGACAAGUAUUCGAAAGAUGGAUGUCUUGGGAACCGGAUGAGGCAGCUUGGAGUAGUUAUAUCAAAUUGGAAAAGAGAUAUGGGGAGUUUCAAAGAGCUAGGGAAAUCUUUCAACGAUUUACUAUGGUGCAUCCUGAACCAAGAAACUGGAUUAAAUGGGCCAGAUUUGAGGAAGAGUAUGGGACAAGUGAUUUGGUUAGAGAGGUAUUUGGGACAGCUGUUGAAGCUUUGGGUGAAGACUUCAUGGAUGAGAGGCUCUUCAUUGCAUAUGCGAGAUUUGAGACAAAGUUAAAGGAGUAUGAACGUGCAAGAGCUAUCUACAAAUACGCCCUAGAUCGUAUGGCACGAUCGAAGUCUAUUUCACUCCAUAAGGCUUAUACUACUUUCGAGAAACAAUUCGGUGAUCGUGAAGGUGUGGAGGAUGUGAUUAUUUCGAAACGCCGAGUUCAAUAUGAGGAACAAGCGAAGGAAAAUCCCAAAAAUUACGAUGCAUGGUUCGAUUAUGCUAGAUUGGAAGAAACUUCUGGAGAUGUCGAUAGAGUUCGAGAUGUUUACGAAAGAGCCAUUGCUCAAAUUCCACCAACCCAGGAGAAGAGGCAUUGGAGACGUUAUAUAUAUUUGUGGAUUUUUUAUGCCAUUUGGGAGGAAAUGGAGUCAAAGGACGUUGAACGAGCGAGACAGAUCUAUCAAGAAUGUCUGAAAUUAAUACCUCACAAGAAAUUCACUUUUGCCAAGAUCUGGCUUAUGAAGGCUCAAUUCGAGAUUCGACAACAGCAACUCCAAGCCGCGAGAAAAACUCUAGGAACAGCCAUAGGAAUGUGUCCUAAGGACAAACUUUUCAAAGGCUAUGUUGAGCUAGAAAUUAAACUUUUCGAAUUCGUGAGAUGUCGCACCCUUUAUGAGAAACAUAUCGAAUGGAACCCAGCCAAUUGUCAAGCUUGGAUCAAAUUUGCUGAACUCGAAAGAGGUCUAGAUGAUCUUGAACGUACACGUGCGAUUUUUGAAUUGGCAAUUAGUCAACAAGUUCUUGACAUGCCAGAAUUGUUAUGGAAAGCAUAUAUUGACUUUGAGGAAGAAGAAGGCGAAUAUGAUCGUACCAGACAUCUCUACGAGAGAUUAUUGGAGAAGACAGAUCAUGUGAAGGUCUGGAUCAGUUAUGCACAUUUCGAGAUUAACGUUCCAGAUGAUGAUGAGGAGGAGACCGAGGAAGAUGAGGAGAAGCCAGUAAGUGAGGCUGCAAAGACACGUGCACGCAAGAUUUUCGAACGUGCUCUGAAGAGCAUGAAAGAUAAGGAUCUCAAAGAAGAGGUAUGUUACAAAAUUACUUCAGAUUUCCUAAUUCAACCUCUAACAAUUUUACAGCGCGUUUCCCUCCUGAAUGCUCAUCUCUCUUUUGAACGUACUCAUGGUACAGAGGAAGAUAUUGAGAAAGUACAGAAACAAAUGCCAAGAAAGACGAAGAGAAGAAGAAAGCUUGAUGAUGAUAGUUACGAAGAAUAUGUUGAUUAUGUUUUCCCUGCCGAUGAUGAACAGACGAAGAAAUUAUCGAAUUUCUUGGCGAUGGCUCAAAGUUGGAAGCAAGCUGGUGGAACGAUUAGCGGUGGAGGAGAGCAGAAUGGAGAGUAAUGAGGAGUUUGGAAGAAAUUUGGGAGUAAAAAAUUUGUGUACGUGUAUGUAUACUUAGGCCGUCAGCAAAUGAAAUGCUGGCACUUAAUUCAUGGUACGUCUAAAAAUAUCAUCUAGAAUGUCUUCCGCCAUUGAUGUAUAGUCCCACUGUUCUUAUUAGUUUGAAGUUUUUUAAUUCAGCCUCAUCAAAUUGUAGCAUAAUCUUUUUUACCUCGUGGCC